CUUACCAUUGUCAAUUUAACGAAUUGUGUUCGAUAUUAACGUUUUUAUCAGUUUCUGUCGUUAAUAUAAAAGAUGAACGUCCACAAGCUUUGGGAGUACAAAGAAUAUAUCAACGUGAAUGGCGUCAUGCUGACGAGUGAACUGAUAUCUAUACUACAGAAUUCUCUCACUCUGCUGCAAGUGGAGAACCAUUUCACGCACAUACAGUACUGGGGACAGAUAUACGCCGUCGACGUGGACUACCACAUCGCCGUCGGCAUCACCACCGACGCCCUCUCUGAUAGAAAAUACUUUUACACCACUGACUUCAAAUUCUGGGGCAUGCUGCCAAAACCAAAGAAGAAGUACAAGCAACUAUCGCUUAUUACUUCAUUUCCAUUCAGAGGGGAUCCAGCUUUGAAGAUAAAGGUGCUUGACGAAUCCAUGGACGAGGCCAACCUUGACCGCUGUAAGAUUAUGAAAGAAGAGUCUCGCUUGUCCGCCACCAUCAGUAACAUUUGCGAGGAAUCUGAAAUAUGCGCUCGUGGGCAACUUUUAAAGCAGCCGUCUGGUACAAUAGUCAUAAACCCUAACUUUUACGGUUUGACAGGUCCGGAGGCAAAACAACUAAAAUCCUUCCUCCACAUAAGAGUUCCUCACCAUCGUUGGAACACUAAUCUGCUUACUCGAGCCGACUACAACUAUAGCAUGGAUUUCCUAGACUCCAUCGACCAGGACAUACCAGGUGGCUGCUGGAACCUUUCUGUAGAACAAGGCGGGGGUCUCGUGUACUUGAAAAGCCUCUACUGGCCGGGGAUGAUGUAUUUUCAUAAAGUAAGAACGCCUGAAGCUGGUUUUCUUUACAUUGGAAAUGGCCGCAAAAACUUGGACGUACCUUUUCUCCUUUAAUUUCGUUUUAAUAUAAUAUUUAGCGUUAUUUUUUUUUACAUUGAUGAUAAAUAUAUUUUUGCUAUUUAUGCUGUCGUUUUAUAAUUCUAAGCUUUGUAAGUUAAAUCUUCGGACUUAAUAAACAAGGGUAAGUAUAUAAUUACUAAUAAUCUAUAUUAAUUC